AUGCAGGCUGCUAGUGCUACUUGGGAGGAAAGGAGCAGGGGCUCGCCGUCGGCCAUGGAGAAGGGCGGCGACCAGAGCGCCAGGAAGGCGAGGCUGGAGCUGGUGGUGGCCAACGGCCCUGUGAAGCGACAGAUGGUCGUGCACGAGGCGGGCGAGAUCGUGCCGGCGGAACAGGGCCCGACGAUGCAGAUCUCCGUCAAGAUGGACGUCGCCGUGCUCCACUGCCCCUUCUGCUUCCUCCCCUUCAAGCCACCCGUCUUCCAGUGCAACGGCGGCCACCUGGCCUGCGGCGACUGCCGCGGCGAGCAGCCUGGGAGCCAGUGGCAGUGCGAGAGGUGCGAGCGGGGCGGCGCCUUUGACAUCCGCAGCACGGCGAUGGAGGCCGUUGUCUCCUCGGCCAGGGUCGAGUGCCCGCACGACGGCUGCGGGAGGUACAUCACCUACCACGAGCUUGACGACCACCAGAGCGCGUGCCCGCACGCGGCCUGCAAGUGCCCGGUUCCCGGCUGCGACUUCGCCGGCCCGCCGCCCGCGCUCCUCCGCCACCUCAACACUCUCCACUCCGUGCCCGUACAUAGCGUCCAGUACCGCAAGGUGCUCCAGCUGCAGGUGCCGGUGUCUGAGCCGCGGCGCCUGCUGCUCGCAGAGGAGGACGCCCGCGCUUUCCUCGUGGUCGGCGGCGCGCUUGGCCUGGGCACGCCCCUCACCGUGUCGGUGGUGUGCAUCAGGGCGGGGGCGUCCCAAUUGCCGCUCUACGCGGCCAAGGUAUGGGUGAACGGACCACAGGCAGCGGCCAAUGGCAGGGCCGACACCGUCAGUGCAGACAUCGAGGUGACGAGCAGCAAGGAGCCCGGCGCCGUCGACAUCGAGGAUCUGACGUUCUUGACGGUGCCGUCCAAGCUACUGGCUGGGGCUGGGCCCUCCAGGACGGUGUCUCUCCACAUUCGCAUAGACAAGAUCACCUCCUAA